GUCAAAUGUCAAACGUCAGCUACGUUGACAAUGUCACGUAGUCGAUAAUGCACGUCCUGCGAAUUAUAAAAUUGAACAGUUUGUAGAAAAGUUCACUUGGUGAGCUCCUGCUUCGAUUGCAGAACAUAACAUUAGUUUAAUUGUGUUUUAGUUCUAUCAUCAAACAACUAAAUUAACAGGAACAAUGGACGCUCUCGCGGACUUGCUGCAGCCGUACAAGGAGAUCGUGGGCACGCUGGCCGCGGUGGUCACCAUCGGGCAGAUGUUCUCCGGCAGCUUCAUCUGCUGGGACAUCUACAAGCAGGGAAACACGAAGGGCAUCGGCAUCAUGCCCUUCCUCGGCGGUAUUAUUAUGAGCGUGCUCAACUUGAAAUACGGGUACAUUCUCCGAGACCCCACGAUGAUACAAGUGAACCUCGUCGGUCUGGCGCUCAACAUCAUCUACGUAAUGGUGUACUUCAACUACGCUCAGGAGAAGAUGAAGGUGUGGGCGUAUAUCGGACUGUCGGGAGCCAUGUCAGCCGCCGUUAUUGGGUACGCGGAAUAUGAAGAUCCGAAAUUGGUAGAGAACAGGCUGGGAACUAUCAUCACCGCGUUCAUGUUCUAUUUGAUCGCGUCGCCUCUGUUUGGAUUGAAAGAAAUCAUGGAGAAGAAAAGUACUGAGGGUCUCCCCUUCCCGAUCAUCUUCUCCGGUGCCAUCGUGACGUUCAUGUGGCUGCUGUACGGCAUCAUCCUGAGGAACUCCUUCCUCGUGAUUCAAAACGUAGUAGCAUUUGUGCUCUGUGCCAGUCAGUUGGCGCUGUUCGUGGUAUAUCCCUCCAAGCCGAAGCCCAAAGGCAAGGAGAAGGUCAAAGCCAAAAAAGCCGAUUAGCAUAAAUUUAGUUAUUAAGAAUAAAUAACAGGCGCGGAUCUAGGUUUUCGCUAGGGGGCUUUUUUAUAAAAGCAUUUUUUUAUAGAAAGGAGUAAGUGAUUUUUGUGACUAGGGGGGAAAAGUGGUGCAGUUUUAAGUGUCUUGCGAUCAUGGAUCCUCGCCUGUGUAUAACCUCGUCAUCCCACUAUGUGGGAUUGAAAUUAACAAUAUUAGUGAAAAGUAUGUUUGUGUACCGACCUGAACGUCUGACAUUAAUCUGACGCUAAUUCAAUUGUAACUUAUAAAUGGAAUCAAUUUUUAAAUAAGUAUAAGCACCCACUUAAAUCCUGAAGUAAAUCUGACAUUGAUCUUAUUACAUAAAUAAAUGAUUACUGACGCUAAUUCAAUUGAAACUUGUAAAUUGAAUCAAAUUUUAAAUAAGCACUCAAUGAAAUUGAAUAUUUAAGCCAAUUAUUUGCAUAUUGCAACAUUUUUAUUUUUGUUCACAUUUAUAUUCGAUAACGAAUCUUACUAAUGUUUUUUAAUUACAAAUCACCAUUGUUUUAUAAAAAGGACCUUUACGGCUUAGCCGCCAUUAAAAAAGCAAUGUAAAGAAAGCUGUGUUAAUACAAAUAUUUUUAUACAGAUACUUAUAUGUGUGUAAAUCAUUCAUUCCCUUAUUUUACCUUCAAUUUACUACGUAAUUAUUUUAUUUAGCAAUAAACCGUGUUUUAAGGCUUGUGAUAGUCUUAGGCUAAAAUCUAUAAAAUACACUUCGACUUAAGUCCAAGUCCGUGACAUGUAAAUAACCUAAAAACAUUUUCUAACGUUAUCGUGAAUAUUUUGCGAAUAUGAACCUUGUGAUUCAAAUAAUUAAGUUUUUUAUAAACUGUACAGUGCUUGCCACUCGGCAGUAUUUAUUACUUUUUAAUAUUAGACUUGUCGAAGUAUGCUUUAUAGGUCUUGCGCUCUAUGUUAUAAGAGUGAAUUUAGAAUGCUGUCGCAGAGUUAUAAGCACUGCAUUUUGCUCACCUUUGCUAGUGCCUUUACGAAAAUAUUUUUGUAAAAAAACUUAAAAAGUUAUACUUUUUAUGAAUCAUCUUGUGCAAUAGAAAGAUACAGACGAAUAAAUGUGAAAGAAAUAAA